AUGGCAGCCAACGCCAACGCCGUGCCGCAAGACACGCUCAUCACCAUCAAGGUCUCGGUCAACGACAGCCUCAAGAAGCUCAAGCUGCCUUUGAGGGACCUCGGGGCGAACACGCUCCCAGAUAAGCUCCGCCACGCCCUGAACAUCAAGCCAGAGCAGACCGUCGUGUUCGAGCGCUUCUCCGACUCCGCAGGCGGCUACAUCACGCUCGACCAGAGCAACCCGCAGGUCUUCAAGACCCUCAUACGCGCCGCCAAGGCAAAGCUCAAGCUGCGUCUCAAGGCUACAGUCUCGCCCAUCAUCGAAGAGCCAGCUGUGGAGGCUACGGAGACAUCUGAAGAGAAGCCGAAGCACAAGGCGAUGGAGCCGGUCAUCGUUCGCUCUCCGACUCAGCAGAACGGCCAGCGUGAGUCCACGGCCAUGGAUGGUCGUUCGAUCGGAAGCGGUAUCUUCCAGUUCCGUGAGGCUCGCGCUUCCCAGCAGACGCUGGUGGAUGUCUCCGAAGCACCCGUCCCAUGUGCAUUCACCGCGGACAACAAGGACUUCUUCGAAGAGCUCGGUAAAGCAGGCUCCCGACGUGGUCUGGUCUACCGUACUCGCAACGCCAUCGCUGGUGCCAACCCGACCCACCCAUGGUCGGUCUACUGCAACGAGUGCGAUGUCGCCAUGGACGACGUCCACUUCCACUGCAACAUUUGUGACGGUGGCGACUACGAUCUGUGCGAGGACUGCGUUGCGAGCGGCAAGCUUUGCUCCGGCGAUGGUCACUGGCUGAUCAAGCGCUUCAUCAAGGACGGUAAAGUGGUCAGCAGUACGACCGAGCGCAUCUCCCCACGCAAGGCAAAGGAGGAGCCAGAAGUCGAGAAGGGAGUUCCUGGCGCCUACACCGAAGAGACGAAGACGCUCGCCGAGCCUGUCAUCCCGACUCGCACUUGCAACAGCUGCGUCAUCGUCCUCCCUGAGCGCGAGUUCGUUACCUGCACCACUUGUGAGGACUUCGACCUCUGCAUCCAGUGUCACGUGAAGGAUAAGCAUGGUCAUCACCCGGCUCACGGCUUCGAGCCGGCCACUGAGGAGACCACCCUCCCACUCACCGCCGAGAUGUUGCUUGCUCCAGGCCGCAACACACGCCACAACGCCAUUUGCGAUGGUUGCGACAAGAAGAUUCUGGGCGUGCGUUACAAGUGUCUGAACUGCCCAGACUGGGACUACUGCACCGAAUGCCAUAAGAACGCUCGCCACGUCCACCCUCACCAUCGCUUCGCGCCUCUGUACGAGCCAAUCGCAGAGCCGCGCGGCAUUAACGCCCGCCAUCUCGGAAUCUACUGCGAUGGCCCACUAUGCAGCAACGGGAGCCAGCGCUACAUUGUGGGUGUGCGCUACAAGUGUGCUGUCUGCCACGACACCGACUUCUGCGCAUCCUGCGAAGCCUUUCCGAGCAACACGCACAACCGUACUCAUCCGCUGAUUAAGUUCAAGACUCCGGUUCGCAAUGUCAGCAUCACGACCGAGAACCAGGACGUUCACGGACAGAUGCGCCUCAUGGGUGACCAGCCUGUGCAGGCCGAGACCAAGACCGCAUCCACCGAGACGACGCCGGUCCCGCAGAGCAACGCCGCCACUCAGGUACAGACUGUGGCCGAGAUCAAGCCUACGGAGUUGAAGGCCGCCACCCAGCCAGUCCAGGUCGCCAAGCAAGAGGUCAAGUCGGCCGCACAGUCUACUGAGCCUGUGCCUGCGACGCUGCUGAACGCCCACUUUGUGCAAGACAGCAUCUCCGACGGCACGGCGGUGCUGCCAGGUUCCCGCUUCACACAGAUGUGGACUCUGCGCAACCCAGGACCGUACGCCUGGCCGGCUGGGUGCAGCGUCCGCUUUGUGGGUGGUGACAACAUGCUCAAUGUCGACAACACCCGCCCGGCGGCUGUGUCCGACAUCGCCAACGCCAGCGAGAGCAACGUUGUUGGCCGCGAAGUCCCGGUCAAAGAGGAGAUCUCAUUCAAGGUCACUCUCAAGGCACCCACUCGCGAGGGCAAGCACAUCAGCUACUGGCGCAUGAAGUCUGCCGACGGGACGCCAUUCGGCCACCGUUUGUGGUGUGACAUCGAGGUCAAGGCUGCUCCUGCCGCGCCCCAAGUUCCAGCUGUGGAGACUGCAGUCCAGGCGCCAGACCAGCCGAACGUGCAGCUGCAGCAGCACAUGAGGAUGCAGCAGAUGACCUACCAGCGCCAGCGUCAGCAGAUGAUGAUGGCCCAGAACAUGCGGUCUCAGGCUCUUGCCCAAGCACAAUCCCAAGCCCAGGCCCAAGCAAAGGAGAAGGCCCGUCAGGCUGAGGCCCAGGCCCAGCGAACCCGGAUGGUCGCUUUAGCUCAUGCUCAAGCGCAGGCUGGUGCUUCCGGCCCACCACCUUCUUACGACGCCACCUACAACGCUGCCAACAUCACCAGCCGUAUCGCCGCCAUGCGUGAGCAGCAAGCCAAGCGUCGGGAGCACAUGAUGCAGCAGUUCACUGCGGGCAUGAAUCAGUCGCAGAGCAGCAAGGUGCCUGAGCAGGUCUCCCUCAAGCACGAUGACGAGGACAAGGCUCGCAAGGAAGCCGCUCGCCAGCGUGUUGAGCACAUCAAGGCCAAGAUCCUCCGGGCGCGCCAGGAGAAGGCUGUGGACACUGCCAAGGAAGAAGCUGUUGCCGCCCAGGCUGCCGAGGAGAAGGCUGCCGAGGAGAAGAAGAACGCCGACAGCAUUGAGAAGGUCAAGAAGAUCAUUGAGGAGGUCACCAAGGCCGACCAGGAGAAGGAGGAAGAUCUCGAGAGCAGUCAGAUGGUCUUCCCAAAGCUCGACAAGGAGAGCCCGGCCAGCAGCACCUACCAGUCCGUCAUGUCAAGCAAGGGCAAGGCUGCCUACGUCGAGAACGAGCAGGGCGAGAUCGAGCGCUCUGCCACCCCGUCCGUCGCCUCUCCAACUCCAGCGCCGGUUGUGCCGUCCUCAGAGGUCGGCGACGACUUCGACGAUCUCGAGGACAUUGAGGUGCUGAGCGCGAACGGCGAGGACAGCGAGGACGAUGGCUUCGACACCGACGAGGAGUACGAUAUCCUUGAUGCUUCGGACCACGAGACCGUGGCUUCAAAGUAG